CACCCCACUGCCACUGAGGGGAGGGGGGCCCUACCGCGGAGGGGCAGCGCUGGGGAUGAGUCCAUCUUUUCUUCCCAGGGAGGGGGUGGGCAAGGAGGACGAAUGGGGCUCCCACUGGCACCCGGACCUAGAGCAGCUCGUUGCCCACCCGCCUAUCCUCCCCUCCUCGUAAAUUGCCUGGGUGCCCUAUUGUGGGCACAAGAAGAGGAGUCGUGGAGUAGAGCUUCCUUUGCUCCAAGUGAGCGGGACCCUCGCCAGCAGAAGGGCCCUGCAUGCAGCUUCUCUCCCUGCUCCUGGAGGAUGGCAGGGCGGGAGUCGGCUUCCCCUUUCCAGGGUCAAUGAAGCUAAGUUAGCCUGGCAGGCAGCAAGAUGAUGGGACUUCUCCGCCCCAACCUGACGGCAGAUGCCGGCUGGGUCGGCGAUGGGGCCGGGAUCUUCGCCCUCGCGCAUCCUGGUUCUGCCGCAGGACGUUGACCGCUGGGAUACGCUCUCUGCGCGCGGCUGGCCAUGGGUUUGGGAUUUGGAUUUCUUUCUUCCAAAUGCGAGCGAGGGCUAUGACUAGCUCUCUGGGGGAGCAGGCCGCAGCAGCCUAGAAUUCUGGGCACUACCUUAGACAUCUAGGGACACAGGAAAUUAGGGACAAGUGAGGCGGGAACAGAGUUGGUUUGUGAAAGAAAGCUAGGACUGCCUCAAAUGGUUGACCGGGAAGUUUGGGGUUGAUGAAUGAGGUAGGCUGUCCAUGGGAACAGCUGGGAGCCAGCGAGGUCUUGGGAAUGGAGAAGGGGCAUUGAGGGGCUUCACCUUGGCCAGCACUGUCUGCAAGAGACUCCCUUUGGAUUCCAAGGUCACAUUCCGACCCCCUUACGGACAUCGUCGGCCUCAGAGCUACCCAAAUCGAGGCCCCAACUUCCUUCCCUCUAUCUAGCUGCGGGCAGGUAGGGGUGCAGGCGUGUUCAAAGGGAAGAUUAAAUGUCUCCGCUGAUCCUUCAGGCGACUCACUAACACAGACUCUACUCUGGGUAUGCGAAGGUCACUCAACCUUCAGUCCAGAGCAGGGAAACCCAAGCUAAUUCCUCUAGGGAACAGAAGAAUGAGAAAAGGCCAGCACACAACCCAGCCUUGCUGCCCGACUUCCUGGGGCUGGACAGCCGGAUGGAGGGAAGUCGGGGAGAUGCCAGGGCAGCUGGCAACAGCAGGCCGCCAGCAGAAGCCCAAUGUCUUUUGGGUUUCUGCUUGAGAGCUCCCAGGCUGGCUGAAGGGCUCUUGUUCUGCACCCGCCCCAGGUUCAAAGUCAGAAAAUGAGAUACAAGACUUCCUUGGUGAUGAGGAAAAGAUUACGGCUUUACCGAAACUCCCUCAAAGAGUCUAGUAGCAGCUCCGGACACCAUGGCCCCCAGCUUGCUGCCGCCUCCAGCCCCUCGGUGUUCCAGGGCCUUCAAGAGCAGCCGCCCCAGGCCUCCCCCAGCGGCACUUUGAACGGACUCCUGCGUCUGGGGUUCCCUGGAGACAUGUACGCGCGACCCGAGCCCUUUGCGCCAGGGCCCGUGGCCCGCAGCGACGCCCUAGCAGCUGCCGCGGCCCUGCACGGCUAUGGGGGCAUGAACCUGACCGUGAACCUCGCCGCGCCCCACGGUCCCGGCGCCUUCUUCAGAUACAUGCGCCAGCCGAUCAAACAGGAGCUCAUCUGCAAGUGGCUGGCAGCGGAUAGCCCCGCGCCUCCGCGCCUCUGCUCCAAAACUUUCAGCACCAUGCACGAGCUGGUCACGCACGUCACGGUGGAACACGUCGGCGGCCCGGAGCAGGCCAACCACAUCUGCUUCUGGGAGGAGUGUCCGCGCCAGGGCAAGCCCUUUAAAGCCAAAUACAAACUUGUAAAUCACAUCCGCGUGCACACGGGCGAGAAACCCUUCCCCUGUCCUUUCCCGGGGUGUGGGAAGGUCUUUGCUAGAUCAGAAAAUCUCAAAAUACACAAAAGAACUCACACAGGGGAGAAGCCCUUCAGGUGCGAGUUCGAGGGCUGCGAGCGGCGCUUCGCCAACAGCAGCGACCGCAAGAAGCACUCGCACGUGCACACGAGCGACAAGCCAUACACGUGCAAAGUGCGCGGCUGCGACAAGUGCUACACGCACCCCAGCUCUCUGCGUAAGCACAUGAAGGUGCACGGGCGCUCACCGCCGCCGCCUAGCUCUGGCUACGACUCGGCCACGCCGUCUGCCCUCGUGUCGCCCUCGUCGGACUUCGGCCGCGAGCCCCCGGUGGCCUCCUCGGCGGCGGCGGUGGCGCGUGGCGCCGAACUGAGCGAAUGAUGUCCACCGCGUUGCUCGCAAGGUAAUCUCGCCCAACGCAGCUGAGCGCCCGCAUCUAGCGCCUGCGACAUCAAAGGGUCCGCGCACAAAGCAAUGUUUCUUCGCCACGGUGCAUCUUCAUGGUAAGUUAGGAUUUCUAUGGCAAUGGGCAAGUUGCACUGAAAUCCUGAAAGGCCGAGCCUGGAGCCCGUCCAGGCUUUUCAUUAAGGACAUAAUAUUUACGUCUAACAGGCCUUUUUUCUUGUGUAUACAAGUAUAUAUUUUUGUUUGACGCGGACUAAAUCAUUUUCAUUUAAUUUCCGGUAAACAAAACCCACGCGAAUGGGCACUUGUUCCCGAUCAUAAUAAAAAUGGAUAAUAAUGUAAGGGAAGAAAAGGGCCGCUUGAAUCGCCGCUCAGCCCUCUUUGUUUCUGCUUUCUGCGGUGAUCAGAGGGCGCAUUUGGGUUUGAUGGCGAGUUUCUAAAGGCGAGGAAAUGGUUUGUAAGAGGGGAAAGAAAAGGAGAAAGGUCUAAUCAAGCUCGGGUUGUUCAAAGAGUCGGGUUUUGGGGUUGAAAGUGUGAGUUUGACGGUGCAUCAGCAUGCCGCGUUAGGCUCGCCAUGGAAAUGCGCGCGGGGAGCGGCCGCUUCAAAGGCGGCACACUUCACUGCAGACACUCUAUUAAGAUACAUUUGCGCUGACCUUUGCUUUCACGCCAUUUAAUACUGUCACUGCGUUCUCCAGUAUAUACUUCCUCUUUGGGACCAGCCUUGCCCGCGUUUAGGGGUUCACCCCACACUUCUGUGGGGAGGGGUCGCUUCUGUGCCAGGGACGCCUUCAGGAGAGGGAGGAGCCGGACUCCGUACAUCUUGACUGCGCCCCCAAGAAGCUCCAGGGUCAAGAGUAAAUAACUUCAGGGCAAUCUCAGAAGCUUAACAAAUGAGCAUCCCCAGCUCCAUUUUGUGCGAAGCGCCUCUCCUGCAACUUGAGCAGGGUGGAGGCCUGAAUUUGAAAGGCACUUGUGGAGGGGGCACUCUGGAUGAGGUCGGUGGUGGAGUUCAGACUGUGCCUUUGGGACAUUUCCACUCUGGCCCCCAGAGCAGCCCAUUCUGCCCCUCCAUACCAGAAAUCUCUUGCAGUCCCUGCCUCACACUUGUUUCUCCUUGGCAUGGGGUAUAGGAUACCCCUCAGGCCUACUCUGGCCCUGGGCAUGAACUCAAGAGCCCAAGGCCAAGGGGAUAGGGAAGAUGGCAGGAAAGUUAGAAGUCCAUGUUCCCUUAAUUGUCUUGUUGUUUAUUUUAUCCAAGUACCCCAGUGAAUAGGGGAAAAAUAAACACGGUGAAAAAAAAAAUCAAACAGUAGAGUCUUCUUUAGUGCCAGUCCUUGUGGUUGAAUAAAAAGGAUGGUCCGCUUUCUAUUGAGCUGAGAAAUCUUUGAAGUGGGAGUUAUUAUCUGAGACAUUCCUGCUUGUCGUCCUAACAACGCUGAUGAAACGUAAAAGGUUCUUUGUCAGCGAUUUGUUCUCCUCUCUGUCAAACUCCCUCUGCCCCGUUAGUUUCAAACCGUUUCUAAAGAGAUAAAAUCAAACUUCUCUUAAAAACAAAACAAAAAAAAAAAAAAAACAAGAAACAAAAAAACAUGCACACUACAUCAACUGAUACCUUUAGGACUAAGUCCUGCUACAGAAAAAACAAAAGCGACACAGAGAUAUCAGGUCCAAGGUCUGUGAAGGUGCACAGAUGUUGAGGGGGCCCUUUACACUGGCUCUGGAACGGGGAGAAAAGAAUGCAGAGAAGGUGUAGGCAGAGGGUACAUACCCCAAGCACACACUGUGUGUCUGCUUCUCUCUGCACUGGCCUGCACUCAUCAGUCCCAUCGGGGUACUUGGAUGAGCCUCCUUGGGACCCUCCUUAAACUCCCAAUAUUCUUACCAACCACCCUUGGAACCUAAGGCUGCAGCCAAGCAAUUGUUAAUAUUUCCUGCUCCUUCAAAGAUGAUCCUCUUUAAAAUAGACCCAUUGUGUGUUUCUUCCUACUAGCAGCAAGCAAUCAGAAAGCCCCUUUUGCCAUUAAUAGAAAGUAGAGUGGCUUGAGGGAGGGACGUUUUUUAUAAUUUCCUGUUUUCUUCAGAAUCUUGGCAAUUGGAGUUCAGAAAGUUCAGUUUACAAGAUAGUGUCCCCAAAGUGCAUGCAAAUACCCUCCUCCCAUCCACAUAUGCAGUUCUGGAAAGAAAAUUUCACCCUGUCAGUCUUUCCCCAAACCUCCCAAUGUGGUUUUAAAGGUGGUUUAAAUAAACCAGGAUGUACCGGCCUCCCCACUCUGUGUGUGCCGAAUAAAUGAUUUGUAAAGAAGUUUCCCCAAGCUGUAACCCAUGCUGUUAUUAUAGUUGCUGCAAAAUGUUGUCUCUUAUAUGGAUUUUUAUUUGUUUACUGGAGGUCCCCAUAUGUUUGUUUAUAUCACUAAUUUAUGGAAAAAUGUAAUGAUUGCAAUGAAUGUGAAUUAUACAGACAGGCAAAUGUUUUGUAAUCAUAAAUUCACACACACACACACACACACACACACACACGCACAAAGCUUGACUGAAAUCUUAGACUAUUUGGUACAUCUCCACCCACACUGUUUGUGAUUUAUCAGCUCUCCCCUUACAUCCUUAAAUUAUGAACUAACCUGAAAGGGAAAAAAAUUGUUUUGUAUUUGAUUGAAAGUGAUUGUUCAAUGAAAAACAUAGUUGAAAGCUGUGGCUUUAAUCUUGUUGUAAAUAUGUAAAUGAAUUAAAAUCUGUGAUUCUCUUUCCCUCCAAAGAGCGUUGUGUACAUGGAGCUCCAUUUUGCUGUUUUCUUUGGUAAUAAAUGUUGUGCUGUUUCCCUUCCUCUUUUGAA